AUGGGCCGUCGCCCCGCCCAAUGUGACCGUUAUUGUAAGAAGAAGCCGUACCCAAACCGUACUUGCUUCUGUCAAGGUGUUCCUGAUCUCUCUUCCAAAGCUCUGGAGGCUGCCCGUAAUUGUGCCAACAAGUACAUGGUGAAAAGCUGUGGCAAAGAUGGUUUUCAAAUCCGAGUGCGGCUCCACCCUUUCCAGGUCAUCUGUAUCAACAAGAUGUGGUCCUGUGCUGGGGCUGACAGACUCCAGACAGGUAUGCGGGUGCCUUUGGAAAGCCCCCAGGACCCAGUAGCCAGGGUCCACAUUGGCCAAGUCAUCAUGUCCAUCUGCAUCAAGCUGCAGAACAAGGAGUGUGUGAUUGAGGCUCUACGCAGUGCCAAGUUCAAGUGUCCUGGUCACCAGAAGAUCCGCAUGUCCAAGAAGUGGGGCUUUACUACGUUUAAUGCGGAUGAGUUUGAAGACACGGUGGCUAAAAAGUGGCUCAUCCCGGAUGGCUAUGGGUUCAAAUACAUCCCUAAUCAUGGCCCCUUGGACAAAUGGCUGGUCCUAUACUCAUGA